AUGCCUAGAAUCAAUCCCAGUACCCUCUUGAGGACAGCCAAUGGCUAUUCCAGCUCUCUCCCCCGACGUGCACUCGCCAGGCCUCCCCUGAACCCCACCCCCGCUCUGAUGACACGGAGGCUCCAAUCUACGACCACAGGCCCUGCAACCGGAAAUGCUCAGCAAAAGGCAUCAACAGAACCUCCCAAGGAAGAGGAAGUCCCGAAGGAUGACGAAGAAAAGCUUCCAUGGUGGAAAAGAGGGUUGAAGGUCAACUGGAUGUUCACCACGCUUGCCGGUUUUGGUGCGUUGGUGACCAUCUAUGGUGUCUUGGAGUUCUACUCUACCUUGACAAGAUGGCCCCAACCGGUGAGAAAGCCUCUCCGAGCCGCUCUGAAAGCCAAGAUGAGAGGCGACUAUGGUAAAGCCGAGCAAUACUUCAGGGAAGCUCUCGAAAUCGCCCUUGAGCUUGGCCCCGCAGCUUUGGAGCCCGACCCCCUGCUCAAGAUAUCAGGUAUAUACGCUGAACUUGCCGCCGUUCUAGAGCUUCGCCUACAGAGGAUUUCUGCUUUUGUCGAGCUCCGUACAGCUCUGGAGCUCUUUGGCUCUGAUCCCCUCCGAUUGCCUACAUCUGUAGCUUCGCCGACUGAGGCUGCAGCUCUGGGUGGUGGCCCCGGAGGGGAAUGGAUCAGCCCCACCUACUCCCUCACAGAGAAAGACCAUGUUCGCGCUAUCGGGCUCUACCAAAAGCUCGGCCAGCUGGCUCUCGAGGUCGCUUCUUCACCCAAAGCACCCACCUAUGAGUCUACAAUCAUAGAGGGCAUCAAUGUAUCACCGCACCAGGUAUUUAAAGACUGGGACGACGCGGCCGAGUAUUACCUCUCCUCCGCUUUGAAUACCAUGUUGAAGAUCGGCCUCCAGCCCCCUGCCUCUCCAACUUCUGCUCCCAGCCCCGAAAACCCUGUCAUACUAGGCAGAGACAUCAACCUUCCCUCCGCAGCCCCUUCUGAGAAUCCUGAAGACCCCGAGCAAGGUGGCCAAGUCGACAAGCGCGGUCUCUGUAUGACCAUGGAGUCUCUCUCUGAAGUUCACGCGAGGAAGGGAGAAUACAACGUAGCAGGGCAGCUGUUACUGCAGGCUGUGAGCGUUUUGAUGCCUGCCGGGGAAGAGGAGCCGCCGUUGAGGGACAGGUGCCAGGCAGCUAUGCUCAUGACCACAAUCUCUUCCCACGCUCUUCACCCCCCCUCGUCCAAAGCCCUCAAAGUGUCGAGAUCCUGGUCACUCCGCGCUCUCCAAGUGGCGCAACAAUCGCUGGCCAGCGAAGGUGAAAAGAGUUCGCUGAAUGAUUCGCCCUUGGAGGCUGCGGCCGCGGUUUGUGAAAGGGCAAGGGCUGUAGGACUGCAUAAUUUGGGAAUGAUCGCCGAGAUGGAGAAGGAUUAUCCAGGAGCGCAGAACUUGUUUAACAAGGCGCUCUCUGUUGCGCGUGAGACUGGAUUCUCAGAGGGGAAGAGGGAAUCACUGGCUGCUUUGCGUAGAGUACAAAAGCUCGCAGAGGCCGCAGUCAACGCCAAAUGA